GUUCGUUUUCGGUGUUUUUUCAUAUUUUGACAAAUAAAAUAACAGUAUGGGUAGUAUUAAAAAGUACAAUAUUGCAAGGUUGAUAAAGUAGAGUAGUACCUAAAAUGAUAACACAUUGCUGUUGUUUAGUUUUGAAUUAUAAAAAUUAUAUGCAUGGUAUUAUUUCUGAAACUUUUACAUAAAUGUGUUACAAAUUACAAAAAUAUUAGUUAGAAAAAACAGAGAACGUUCUCAGUUAAAAAUUUGAUUGUUUACCUUGAUUCCGAGACUUCGCAUGCAACCCUGUUUGAAUGAGUUUUAGAAUUUUUUUGGCAGUUGUGUUAGCAACAAGGAGACUAUUUCUUAAACAUUUUUCUUCCACAGCUUUCUUUACAACAUUUGCAUUAAAAGAAAGUUUAAAUCAUUAUAAAUAAACUAAAGCAUAUACAAUUUAUUUAUUAACAAAAAUAAUAUUCAAUAUAUUGUGAACAAGAAUUCCGCAAACUAAUAAAUUUGUGAAAAAUUUUGCGAAAAUUGGCGAAGACGACAGGAACAAUCGAUUUUUUUUUGUGUUGACAGUUCCUUUUAGUAGGAACAGUGUAGCAGGUAACAGCCUGUGAGCAUUCAGGCAAAAUAAUAAUUCACCGAAUGUCCUUUUAACCAAAGCUCCAUUUCAAAGCAAAGUUAAGUAGUUCGGCUAAAAAGCCUGAAUACCGCAUCGUACCUUUUCUUUGUUUAACUACAGGAUAAUAUUCAAUAUUAUUAAACUGAAAUAAGAAAGAAAAUAUUUUUGGAGCGAAACACUGGGUGUAUAACGCCACUUGAUGAACGCUGAGAAAGAGAAGCAACAAGCCAUUGGCGACGAUACUUCAAGCAUCCAUGAAGAUUCACCAACUGCAAGCCAUAUCGUCUCUAAUAGUUCAACAAGCAACAAUCAACAAGAACACGAGCAACAACAACCGCAACAAACGAUACAACACACCCGCACCACCAAUCCAGAUAUGAAAAGAUCUGCUGUCAAAGAACUUAUUGAGCGCUAUUUUUAUCAGCUUCAGCGUGGAUGUGGGAAUCCAAAAUGUUCAAAUCAAAACUGUGCUUCUAGUGGUCAGGUUGCGCCAAUGAAUCCAAACGAAAUUGCAGCACGCGCCAUUCAACUUUUUUCACAGGACGCAAAACUAUGCGAUUUCUACAGUCAACCACCGAAGGUGCCGCGCACACAAAAUGACUCACCGUCGAGUUCACAUUCGGCAAGCUCUGCGGCUACAACACCCAGCAUUCAAGACUCAGAAAUGCUUUCGCCUAACGAUAGCAGCACCAGCAGCACAAGUAGCACUACAAGCACAAGUAGUAGCAGCGGUAAUAGCACCAUUACCUCUGGCAGUGCCAGUGUGCGCAGUCAUACCAGCCAACAAAGCAAUAUGAGUAAUAUCGCUAAGGCUGUUCGUAAUAGUGCUGGUGGCGAUGGCGGUGGAGGAGGGGAUGCAGAUGUGGCCGGUGCUUCUUCAUCUGCACCUGCCUUUACUUCACAGAGUCGCGGUAAUUCUAAUAGAAUUACUGAAAACAAUUCAACUGCGGCUGACGACGAAAUGUGUCAACUGGAAAUUCUUUGUAAUGCAGCUGAAGCUGCUGAAAUGGCGAUCGAUGAUAACGAUAUUUUAAAAACACAAACUUCGAAUGCAUCCACAGAGGGAGAUAUGGAUGUCAGUGCGCCAGCGGCGCGUACAAUUUCUGGACCACCUACACCAACAUUCGCACCUGUGCCAUACCUUAACGAGGCACUGAUCGAUGAAUUAUUGGAUGAAGGCAAAAAGUUUAAUACAUACGAUAGACUUUUACAUGCCAUAAACGAAGUUUACCCACACAUUGAUCGGCUUAGUAAGAGUUUUCGUAGGCCAACUCUUACUGUUAUGCCCACUCAGUUAACAUCUAGUGCGACAGCUACAAAACUGCAAGAAUUACUGGGUAAAUCACCGACUGAUCUAAAGAAAGAGGACUUACGUACACUUGAGGGUGAAACUGAUAAAGAUGAGGAUAGUACAUGUGUUUCGGCCGAAGAUGAUCCCGCGAACAGUGAACAACAAGUACCACAAGUGUCUAUCGAUUGCGAUGAUGUGCCAAUGGAUGAAGAUGGCGCUUCUGAUGGGUUUUCAACAGCAGCAGCUGCAGCAAACACAGCUGGUGACAACGAGAUAGAUGUACAGUCAAAUAGCAAUGAAACAUUGGUAGACUUGGAGAGUUUGCGACGUGUAAAAAAGAAAUUGUUUGCUUUGAAUAAUACGAGCAUUGGUGAGGCGUUAAAUAGCAACAUAAUACUGCUGGCAGAAAGUAUACGCUAUGGACGUGAAACUGACUGGGAGAAAGUGCUACAUUGUCUGGUUAUUUGCUUUGAUAUGGCGACAAAUACUUCUAAUAGUUUCGCUGAUUUGGAAUAUUUGGAACGUUCGUUGCCCAAGCUUUGUCAUGCUACACGUAUAUUACCAGUUGCCGCUCAGGCGCGUUUGGGUCGCAUAUGGGCGGCGCAUUGUAAAGAUCAAAUGCAAUCGCUGGUACAGUGUUGUCAACAAUUGAUUACCUUACAGGUAAUACUUGAUGAAGAUACAGUACAGGAAAAUACUGAUGUGAUUGCGGUAACGCGUGUACUCAAGAUUGCUUUCUACGCCAAUAUCUUAGCCGGCGAGCUGGAUACCAGCUCAAUUAAUGCUCAUAGUCAAUCGGCUAGCAGCGCCGAUGUCGACACAUCUUCUAAUGCGGAUACUACCAACGAUGAUGAUGAUAUCUUCUUCUAUACUCAAGUACCUAAACCGCAUUAUCCGAAGUUUGCGGAAGACGAGCUAGAGAAAGAGUUGGGUAUAUCGAGUAUGGACUGUCGAGUGCCGUUGGUGCCAUUUGAAGAGUUCUACAAUGAACCGCUAAGCGAUGCCAUACAAAUGGAUCGCGAUUAUUUAUCAUAUAGAAAUAUGAUUUUAUCACUAAAUCCCAGUGGCGACGAUUUACACUUUUCCUUUAUGUUGUAUUCGUUUAUCUUAACACCCGCGACAAAAGUUAUUGCGCUUUACUACGAUAGCCGCAUACGCAUGUAUAGUGAGCGCAAUUCAUCGCUAUAUUCCUUAUUGAACUCAUUUUCUGAUGGCAAUGAGGUUGGCGCACGACCUGACUUGAAACUGAAAGUACGACGUGAUAAUAUUAUAGACGAUGCACUCAUUGGGCUUGAGCUUGUGGCUAUGAGCAAUCCGAAAGACUUAAAGAAGCAGCUAGUAGUUGAGUUCGUUGGUGAACAGGGCAUCGAUGAAGGUGGUGUUUCCAAAGAAUUUUUCCAGUUGAUUAUUGAAGAGAUUUUCAAUCCCGACUAUGGCAUGUUUGUGCAUCAGGAGGAUACCAACACUGUGUGGUUUAAUUCAGCACCAUUUGAGAAUGAAGCUCAGUUUACGCUGAUUGGCAUUAUAUUAGGUUUAGCAAUUUACAAUAACAUCAUACUGGCUGUGAAUUUUCCCAUGGUCGUCUAUCGUAAAUUAAUGGGCGGCGUUGGUACAUUUUACGAUUUGAAAUAUUGGAAUCCAACAUUGUAUAGAAGUCUGAAAUCGUUACUCGACUAUCAGGAGGCCGAUAUGGAAGAAGUUUUUAUGCAAACAUUUAAAAUUAGCUAUAACGAUGUGUUUGGUGAAGUUGUCGAUCAUGAGUUGAAACCCGGCGGUGGUGACAUAGUAGUUGGUCAACAGAAUAAGCUAGAGUUCGUCGAUAUGUAUAGUGAUUAUUUGCUCAACAAGAGCAUUGAACGACAAUUUAGGGCUUUCAAGAAAGGUUUCGAAAUGGUAACAGAUGAGUCGCCAUUAAAAUUACUGUUUCGGCCAGAAGAAAUUGAGUUACUCGUAUGCGGUAGUAGGAAAUUCGACUUUGUUGAACUGGAAAAAUCCACUGAAUACGAGGGUGGUUACACAAAGGACUCGCAAGUAAUCAAAGACUUUUGGAGUGUUGUACAUUCUAUGCCCGAGGAGUCUAAGCGCAAAUUACUCGAAUUCACAACUGGCUCGGAUCGUGUGCCUGUCGGCGGUCUAAGUCGCCUGAAACUACUAAUAACACGUCACGGUCCCGACAGCGAUCGCCUGCCCACCUCGCAUACAUGCUUUAAUGUGUUAUUGCUGCCAGAAUACAGCGCUCGUGAGAAGUUGGAGGAACGUCUACUAAAGGCGAUAAACUAUUCAAAAGGUUUUGGCAUGUUAUAAAUUGCUGCUUUCAAAUAACUAUAUUCCUAUAUACGUGAGUACUGAACGACACCAAAUGGAGAUGCUACAGCAAAACGAAAGCGGGAAUAUACGUGUAAUGAGAAAUACAAGCGCAACGAAUGUUGUUUUAACUAGUUCUCUUUUAUCAUUCUCGUUUCUUAUUUUUUGUUUAUUUCUUUUUGAAGGAUAUGUUUUACAAAUAAUUGAUUUUUUGGUCUCUACGACAGCUACUGAAGACUUGUCUUUAUUUCAAGUAUAUAUAUUUUUGGUUCGUUUACAACAAACCUACAUAUGAAUACAUAUAUACAUACAUGCAUACAUAUAAAUGUAAAAGACAUUUCUUUAAACGAAGCGAGCAGUGAAUUAAUAAUUUACAAAAUCUUGAAGCUUCCUUACAUAUGUGCGCUGGUAGAAAAAAGCGCUAAUAAUUUAAUUUUUACUCUUUCAAAAGCAUAUAUAUAUUUUACUUGCAAGUUAAAUAAUAUAUAAACUUAAAGAAUUCAAUUUAUUUUUGCAUAAUUUUCUCAAUGUAACAUUGAGUACAUCUAAUAAGAAACAUAAAUAAUUUUAUAUACAUAAUAAUAAUUUUAAUAAAAACAACACGAGUGCCACCCAAAACAGUUCACUCACCACGAUAUAAUUCGUAACAACAAGAACAACAUACAUACAUUUAUUUUCGUUUGUAUAUGUAUAUAUAAAAGAAAGUUUAUUUUUAAA